GCUGUCCCGCUCGCCCUCCUUCUGUCCCUCUCCUCCCUCCCGCAGCAGCGCAGCUCGGCGGAACGAGGACGAGACACCGACCCUCCGGCGGCAUGAACCGGCCUCACCGCGGCGCCGCGGGCAGCCGGGGCCUGGGCACCAUGGAGGUGAAGAGUAAGUUUGGAGCAGAAUUCCGACGAUUUUCUCUGGAGAGAUCCAAACCUGGAAAGUUUGAGGAGUUCUAUGGAUUACUGCAGCAUGUGCACAAGAUACCAAAUGUUGAUGUUCUGGUAGGAUACACGGACAUUCACGGAGACCUGCUGCCUAUCAAUAAUGAUGACAACUAUCUCAAAGCAGUUUCCACAGCUAAUCCUCUACUCAGGAUUUUCAUUCAGAGAAAAGAAGAUGCAGACUACAGUGCCUUCGGUACGGAUACUCUGACAAGGAAGAAAAACGUUCUAUCAAAUGUGUUACGUCCGGAUAAUCACAAGAAGAAACCACACAUUGUCAUUAGCAUGCCACAGGACUUCAGACCAGUGUCUUCCAUUAUAGAUGUAGAUAUUCUUCCUGAAACCCAUCGCAGGGUGCGACUUUACAAAUACGGGACUGACAAACCCCUUGGAUUCUAUAUACGAGACGGCUCUAGUGUCAGAGUAACACCACAUGGAUUAGAGAAAGUGCCAGGGAUUUUCAUAUCUAGGCUUGUCCCUGGAGGUCUGGCUCAAAGCACAGGCUUACUGGCUGUCAAUGAUGAAGUACUGGAGGUGAAUGGAAUAGAGGUUUCAGGAAAAAGCCUUGAUCAGGUUACAGACAUGAUGAUUGCAAACAGCCGAAACCUGAUCAUUACAGUAAGACCAGCAAACCAGAGAAAUAACGUCGUGAGGAACAGUCGGACUUCUGGCAGCUCUGGCCAGUCCACUGAAUCCAGCCUUCCAAGCAGCACGCCAAAUAUUUUAGCAAAUUUCUUGCAAGGGGAAGAGGAGAGUGAUGAAGAGGACAUUAUUAUUGAAGACAGUGGUGAGCCACAGCAGAUUCCAAAAGCUCCACCUACUAGUGAAAGCCUGGAAUCAUUGGCACAAACUGAACUCCUUCAUGAGCCGACACAGAAUGGAUUUCUUCCUUCCACUGAGAUGAAUCUGAAUCAUUCAGCAGGCAGCAUUAGCAUGGAACAUGAAGUACAAGAUUCAGAUCAUAAGUCAUUAGAAGAAGAUGGAACUAUUAUAACACUGUGAAAUUACACUGGUGUACUAUGUAUUAAGGAUGCCAUACAUGUUUUGAUUUGGCUUAAGAAAUAAUACAUUUGAUACCUCUCCUUCUAUCAAGCACUGCAGUUAGAGUAAAAGGAGGGGAAAAAAGUAAAUACAAGAAGUUCAAAAUUAUAUAAGUUGACUAACUUCAGUUAAUAGUGCACUUCAGUGUAAAUACUUCACAAAGAUGGAAGAUAACUGAGAAGUGACUGAAGUCAAAUGAGGAGAAUUUAAAUUGAAAAUGAAGGAUAGCUAAGAGAUGGCUGUCAGCUUUCUUUUAAAGGUACUUUAUUUCUUUUUAAUGCAGAAUACUACCGGUUCUAUAGAAGUAAAUUUCCAUUAUUGUGUGAGGUUGACUGUCUCAUGUCCUGUGGUUUCAUGUUCAUCUGCUGCUUACGUAUGAUGGAGCUGCUUUGGCCACUUCAUUCCUGUUCCAGGCUGCUGUUUAGCUGGUAGAGCUGUUUGUGUGGCUCAGUGUAUGAGGAAACUGAAAAAUAAGUAGGAGGUGGAGUGGGAAGAGAUGUUUGUGGCUGGUCUAGUUCCUGACUGACAUAUUGAGCAAUAGGCACCUGCGACAGUGGUCAGCAACUUGACAGCAGCCAGGAUUUGAAGGUGGAGGCUUCUGAAGUUGACUGUUCCUUUGUAAGUGAAUGUGCAACCACAGUAAAUGUCAAAGAAAUCAAAUGUAAACUUAAUGCUAUGGCAAUAACAUAACAUAAUCCUUGUUAAAAUCACAGUCCCAGUAGAGGCCAUAAAGAUUUCUGCUAGAAAGGUAAAUUAAAUCCCUAGAUUUAAAAAAAGUUUUAAAUCAGAAUAAAGCUUUUAAUAGAGCUUGCUUGAGCCAUGUGAUAUUAAAUGAUUUGUUAU